CAAAGAUUGCACCUUUUCUAUAAACAGAACCAAAUGGAAUUCUCUGGACCUUCAAGGAAGCCUUGUUUCAUUGAAGAAGACGAUGGCUUGGCUUCCCUUGCAGCUUUGGAGCCAAAUGGGUUUUUUUCAACACCCUUUUGUUUCUCCAGGAGGAGCAGUUUAAGGAACCUCUCUUCUUCUUGUUUAGUUUCUUCUCCAAGGUUUUUUGAUGACAGAUUUGAAGAUCGUCAGCCCCAUUUCUUGGAUGCUUGUUUCCUUUGUAAGAAAUCUCUCAGGGGUAACAAUGACCUCUUCAUGUACAGAGGGGACACGCCUUUCUGUAGUGAAGAGUGCAGACAAGAACAAAUCGACAUGGAUGAAGCCAUAGAAAAUAAUAGGAACCUAUGUUCAUCAAUGAGAGCUUUGAGAAAGAAAGAUCAAAGGAAGUCUGAAGAUUACCCCUUCCGAACAGGCACUGUUGCAGCUGCCUGAAGGAAAUAAAACAACAUAUAUACCUGAAUAAAUGGUGAUCCAUGAAGAACAGAAGGCUAUCUUGAGGGGUUCUUCUGGGUUCUUUUUUAUCCCCCUUUUCUCCUUCAAGAAAACAAUAUAUACUAAGACUUUAACUUUGAAUGUUGUCCUAACUUGCGGGUCUGUAUGAGAAACAUGUUUUUUUUUUCUUGACAAAUACUG